AUGGGGGCAGCCAUCAACAGGAGCAGCGGGCAACGGCGGCCCAGUGCAGCCUCGGCCAGCGUCCAGCGCGCACGCAGACGGGAGGCUGUGCUGAACGGCGAGCGAGGGCCACGGCAGAGACGCCAGUACCCGGGGAGACGCUUCUCACCGGGCACACAGAGGCCGGUCCCUCACGGGAGCGCCUUUGGCAGGGCACGGGGCUGCUGCCGCAGCAGCGGCGCAGGCCUGGCAGCCCGCCGCCUGCCUGGCCCCCUCUCCUGCCUUUGCAUCCCUGGGCCUCCUGUCCCCACUUCCCCUAUCCGAACCUCCCUCCCAUCCCCACUCGACCCCUGCUCAAUCCCUCAGGCCAUGCUGGCCAUCACUUUCCUCCUCCUGCUCGCGCAAGGCCUCAUCCAGUACCCGCAGCAGGCCGGCGACGGGCUGGAUGAGGCCACGCGGGAGCGCAUGCAGCUGCGGGCUGAGUAUCUGAGCCAGCAGAUGGCUCAGCUGCUUCAGGAGCUGGAGCAGAAGAACCUGGAGCAGAGUGGCGGGGCCUGGGCAGCCCUGCUGCUGUGGCAGUGGUGGGCUCUGACUGGAAUCCUGGUGCUUCUCUUGGCAGUGUGGUUUGGACUUGGGAAAAUGAGAUGUGAUCCACCCAACAGUGGCCACAAGGAGAGGUGCAGCAGCAACUCGGUGGAGGAAGAAGGCCACAUUGUUGUUGCAAAGAAAGAAACAGAAAGCAACGAUGCAAAUGUGGAGGAAGGCAGUAAGGAUGGAAAUGAAGAAGGCAGCGAUGUUGAGGGAAAGGCAGAAAGCAAUAUUGGAAAUGAAGCAAAAGAAGGCAAUGGUGAUGCAAAGGAAGAACUGAACCGCGAUGAGAAGGGAGCGGAAGCCAAUGCUGCUGCAAAUGAAGAAGACAAGCAGGGUGCCAAGGAAGAAGACAGUGAGCCCAAUGUCCAAAGGAGCCUGGGAAGCCUUUUAGAGGAGCGCCUAGCGUGGCCUGUUCUGGAUCUGCACAAAGGCUGCUCGCUGAUAACGGACCUGGCGGACAAACUCACACACGUCUUCCGACAAGGCUUGUCCGACGGCUUCUACCCGGUGCCACAACAAGCCAUCGGGGUGGGCAGCGCCUUUGAAGGCUGGAGUCCCCACGCACAAGAUGUCGUGUACAGUGUGCUCGUACCCCUGAGUCCUCCUCCAGGACACGCCUUCCACCUGGAUCUGGACACUGCAGGGAUGCUCCAGAGGAACUUCUGUGUCCGUGUGGAGCUGCUGUGCACCUGCAGGAGGGAGCAGCUGGGGGAGGAGAACAUGCUAUGUUUCCUGCACCACCCCGAGGAGGAGCUGAGAAGGAGACAGGAGCCCAGCCUCCUGCACACUCUCUGCACUGGCUCCUAUCUAGAUGUGGAGAAAACUGUCCGCUGGUUCUAUCGCUUUGUGAGAGUAGCCUGGCUGCUGUUGCCUCAAUCCCGCCACUGGCGUUUAACGCUGCAGCCCUCCAGCCGCUCCUGUAAAUUUCAGCUCAGCAAAGACGGGGAAAGCUUCGCGGCUGAGAUGAUCUUUGCGGUGCGGCAAGGAGACUCAGAUAUCUUUGUGGGCAGCCGGCCUACAGAAGUAGGCGUCCCAAGCACCACCUGGAUUGAGACUUACGCCGUGGCAGAGGCAAAAUUCUUCAGCCACGUUUCCAGGCAGGCCCCCCAGGACAGCUGCCACUGCAAGUGCCUGCAGCUCCUCACCCACUUGCCCAUGGGCGUAGCUUUUCCCAGCUACGCCGUGAAGACUGUGGUGAUGCACCUCCUGAACGGCGUACCCCUGACACGGUGGAGCAGGAGGGAUUUCCAGCAGCGACUGAUGGAUAUCCUCAAGUACCUGCAGUGCUCGCUGGAGAUCAAACAGCUUCGCCACUUUGUCAUAGGCAACGAGUGCCUUCCUGGGGAGAUCCGCCUGCCCUCCGGCUUCCGGGUGGCUGAACCGCCCAACCUCUUUCAGCACCUGGCGAGCAGUGCGGAUGCCCACCUGAGGGCCACGCAGGAGUUCAUUCUCCUGCUACAGCAGGUCAAACAACUGCUGACCCACAGCCCAUGA